AUGUCAUUUGAUAAAGAACUUGCACUUGCUUUAGAAAUUGUACAAGUAUCAUGUAAAAUCACUACUUCAGUAGCAGAACAUACAUUAACUGAUCAAACUCAAAUUAAAAAUGAUAAAUCACCAGUAACAGUUGGAGAUUAUUCAGUUCAAGCUUACGUAAAUAAAAAAAUUCAUGAAACUUUCCCAGAAGAUCAAAUUGUUGCUGAAGAAGAUACUAAAACUAUUCCAGAAGAUAUAUUUGCUAAAGUUUGUAAACACGUUCAAAUAUAUUCAGAUAUGAAAGAUGAUGAGAUUAGAAAAUCUAUUGAUCUUGGAAAUAGUACUGGUGGAAAAGGAAGACAUUGGGUCUUAGAUCCAAUUGAUGGAACACUUGGAUUUUUAAGAAGAGAACAAUACGCUGUUUGUUUAGCAUUUAUGAUUGAUGGUGAUAUUAAAGUAGGAGUUCUUGGAUGUCCUAAUUUUGAAGGUGGUUUAAUUGUUGCUGCACAAAAAGGAUGUGGAGCUAAGAUGUUUAGUGUGAAUGAUAUUAAGAAUGGAAAAGAUAUUCAUGUCUCAACAACUCCAAAAACAUCUGAUAUGUGUUUCUGUGAAUCUGUUGAAGUGUCUCAUACUGACCAAUCUCGUUCUAAAACUAUUACUGAGAGAUUACAAGUUACUAAACCACCAGUACGUAUGGAUUCUCAAUGUAAGUAUAUGGCAAUUGCAUCUGGUAGAGCUGAUGUUUAUUUAAGACUUCCACGUAAUCUUUCUUAUCAAGAAAAGAUUUGGGAUCACGCUGCAGGUUAUUUAAUUGUUAAAGAAGCUGGAGGAAAAGUUACUGAUAUUUAUGGUAAUGAUCUUGACUUUUCACUUGGAAGAACUCUUUGUAACAAUCAUGGUAUUGUCGCUUCUAAUGGAAUUCUUCAUGAAGAGACUGUUAACGUCGUAAAAGAUGUACUUUCUGAUUUAAAAUAA